AUGUCAUCUCGUCCUCGCCGUAGUUGCGCAAGAGGUGACACUUCGGUUCUGUCACCGUCUACAAUAUUUCUUUGGUCAGACACUAGGUUAAGGCAGGAGCUCACGAGAAGAGGAUUGAGUCGUGUUGGGAUAAGGCAAGAUCUUAUCGAUAGACUGCUAGAUUCCAUCAACGGUAUAAUAUCCGAGGAGCCCAGUGUGUCUGCAGACAAUACGUUGAGUGGUUCCCAAGAUGGAAGCUCCCCACAGAAAUCAGGAAUGGAAGGUGGAGAAGUCACUGAGAUUGUGCCUAGUGAUACUGCUGCUAGUGCUACAGCAAGAAAAAGAAUGAAAAGAAGUGCCACCACCAAACCCGACAGUGCUUCUCAGUCAUCAAAAAAGAGAUUAAAAUCUAACAAUAUCAAAGAGGAGACGGAUUCAACUGCUCCCGUUGAUGCAACACCUACUGCUCGACCCCGGAAACAACGACGCCCUCGAGCUGCCGCUGGAGAGGACGCUGUGGUGCCGGAAAACGUACCCAAUGUCAAUCCACCAACUUUAUGCCAAAGCGAAGAGGUUGUGCAGGUGAAGACCGAAGUUCCUGAUGAUCCUGCGAGCGCCGUCGUUGAACCUUCUCCGACAUGCUCUAUUAUGAAGCCCAUUCUAUCCAUUCUACCUAAGGUCCGUCCACUCCCGUGUAUGGUGGGGACAGAAAGCCCCUCCACUCAAAUGUCUCAAAGCAACGCCCAAGGUGGAUCGGAAAGUGUUAGCUCACAUGCGACCGUUUCAAAUGCUAGUACACACAGUGGAAGUUCCGACGACGACUUUUCUGCUCAUGUUAAAGUGAAGAUAUUACCGAAAAGGACAUCUACUGGAGGAUUUUCAGGGAAAAGGAAGGAAUCUUCAGCGGAAAAUCUAUCAUUUCAAAUGCCAUCAAGACACUCUCGAAAACUCUCUUGUCAAAAGGACGAUGAAGACCGUUAUCUUUUAAAGAGAUCUCAUGGCGCGAAUAUUUCGAGCAAAACAGAGAAAAUUCCGACACACAAACCAAUAACUGAGGCGUGGGCCGAGCGGUUAGCUCAGCUCAAGAAGACUGAUCCCAACAAGUUUUCCUCUGGGGCUGGAACUCCAAAGGACAAGCCAAAAGAACGCGACAGCGACACCCGCAAAAAAUCUAUACUUGGUUCUGCUUCGACUAGUAUAAGAAAGUCAAGUGUUGGAGUUUCAAGCACCUCGGAGAAUGGUCUCGAUUUGCUUGACUCAAUUAUGAACCAGCAAUCCGAGUUUUUACAAACUAUGAGGAAGUCGGAUGACAGAAACUCUCCAGAUAUUAUCAUCAGAGAAGUUCGAAAAACUGAACUGGCGGAGGACGCUGCGGAUAUCACAUGCUUAGAAAAGUCGCAAGAUCUCUCCGCAGUAGCACAAGAAGCAUACCGACGAUUUGAGCAAACUUGUGCGGAAUCUUCUUCGAUCAAAAAUUCGCCGAAGAGCCCACAAAUCCUACCUCCUCCUCCUCCUCCUCCUAAACCUGCUCCACAGCAAGCAUCGUCGAAGAAAGUUCCAACACCUCCGUGUAAGGACAUCCCUCCACCUCCACCUCCGCGGCGUCCUCGGAUUUCAGCUGUAGAACAACUCCCUCCUCCUCCACCACCUCCCAAACGUUUGAAACCAGUUCGUCCUCCUGCUUCUGCUAAGCCAGCACCUGCGCAGCAAGGAGGCAGCAUUGCUACUGAGAUCAAAAGAGAAACACCAAGCCCACAUGAUAGCAACAAACUGGAGGAAUUAGCGAUUCUCUCGGAAGUGAAGACCUGUUUGGAAUAUGUCGUGUUUCUGGUUUCCUCCAUAAAACCAUUCGAUGAAAUCAGUGGAGAAUUAUUGCCAGCAAAGGAGGUACCGAUACCAUUCUCCCAGCGCAGUCAUCAACGAUGCCCACUUACUGGAUUACGAGACCAAGAAUCUAACAAGACUCCAGCUAUCCCUUCUGGACCUCUCAGUGAUGUUGGCAACGUUGCUGAAAUUGAAAAGCCCAGAAGCGAAGUGAAUGUUCCGGAGAUUGACGAUGAAUACGACCCUCUAGAAACUUCUGCUGUUGAAGGAUUCGAAAACUACGUACCAUCCGCUGUCGUUUCAGGAGAUGUGACGCUAGAUGAGCUAGUCUCCUCGCAAACUCCAGAACUUGAAGUAACUGAGCUGCCGCCAGACGACGAAGAACGUUAUUCACCAUCUGUGCAACCACUUCCUUCGUUGGAGGAAGACGAAGAAGAAGAAGAAAUUUUAGAAGACGUAGAUAGUGACAUUCAGUCUAUCAGCGAUGAUUCUGAGGAUGAUUCCGAAGGUGAAAAUGACGAAUUACCCAGCGAAACGUUUGUGCGUCACGAUGAGGCUGGCAGAAUUAUCAAAGUAGUACGGCGUCCGCGAAAAAAAGCGGCAGCUGAGGAAGACACUGCUGCAAUUUCUUCUGAAGCUCUACAUCCUUCUGGAGAGCAACCAUCAGUAGCAACGCCUGAGCCUGAAACAGAAGAAGUGGAUAGAAAGCCUGAUCCUUCUCUGUUGAACGAUCCCCGUCAUUUGCUUCAGCGUGCAUCUGCGGUACUGCAAGGUUUGGGAAAGAGAGAAGACUCUCAAUAUUCACAAAUGCCAUACGAUGAAGAAUAUGAAGAAGAAGAGUGUAUCCAACCUAUGGACAGCUUUCAUGGCGAACCUGUUCCAGAUGAUGAUGAUCUCUUCGAGGUUGCUGCUGGAAUCAAACCAAAACGGAAAGAGGAAGUAAUUGCUGAAGAAAAGGUUCCAACAUCCACAGAGCAGUUUGAGAUCGAUUUUUAUAAUGGAGACCUUCAUCUAAAGGGAGCUCCUGACAACGACUGGAUAAUUGAUCCGGACAAUCAGGAUGGUUUGGCUCUUGUUUGGGGAGGCGUUAGAAGUACGCAUGGGAUUCGUCGAAGAACCGAUGAACCUGCAGGUGGAGAUAGUUCUGAGCAGAACGCUGUGAAAUCUAUUGUGUUUCAAGUGAAGAUAACAGACUUACUACCCACAAGACAUCUACCUUUUGAUGAGUUGGACCCAAAUGACAUAAGAGUUGGCUUCUCCUUCCGAUCUGCUCCGCUCGUGCUUGGUGAAUAUCCUGGUUCAUACUGUUUUACUUCACUGGGAAAACGAGCGAACAACAACGUUUUUACGGACUACGGAGAACCGUUCGCUGUUGGAGAUGUCGUCACUGCUCACAUGGAUUUUGAGAAUGGAUGUAUUAGUUUUUGGAAAAACAAUGAAAGUUUGGGAGUGGCUUUUUCCAAUAUUGUAAUUCCCGAAGAUGAAGCUUUGUACCCUCAUAUCUGUGUGAAAAACUGUCGUGUAUCUGUUAAUUUUGGAACUUUCCCGGGUGGCGAAGACGAGUGGAUCAGCAAUCCUGAAUGGGUUUUCCCUAAUGCGCUUCCGAGUUCGCUAACUGAACGUGCACCAGUACCUCCGGAGAGCAAAUCGGAUUGCACAGUGCUUAUGAUGGUCGGUCUACCCAGUGUUGGAAAGACUACCUGGGUUCGACGUUACAUACGUGAGCAUCCAAGUGAACACUGGACGUUGAUUAGUGCGGAUACUAUUUUGGCCUCCAUGAAGGUAAAUGGCGUUUCGAGGAAUAGUAGUCAUAUAGGAAGAUGGGACAUGGUAUUAGGAUUGGUAGGAAAAGCUAGAAAUAGACUACUUUCAUUGGCAGCCCGUAGAAGGCGAAAUUACAUCCUUGACUUCACAAACUGCGAUCCAGACACGAGGAAGAAACGUUUGGCGUUGUUUGAAGGUUUCUUUCGUCAGUGCGUAACAAUAGUACCUUCCGAUGAGGUGAUGCAGCAACGCCAUGCCCGUCACUUGCGACAAAAUAGAGGAGAAGGUACAGCUGCUGUACCUAUAGAGACAUUCUUAGAAUUAAAAGCUGUCAUGGAGAUGCCUGUUGUAUCGGAAUUCCUCGAAAGUGUAAUAUACGUCGAUCCUGCUAUGGAAGAUGCACAAAUUGCUAUCGAUCGUAUUGCAAAGUUCAACGAAGAAGGCAGGCCAUGGUAUUCUAGCAAAUACAACAAGAAGCGAGGUUACUGGAGCGGAACCUAUGGUGAUGAGCCUUAUAGGAAAUCAUCCUCAACUUCAAAUCGCCCGCAAAAUAAUAACGGAAACACGACAGAAAGAAGCAGUACAGAUAACACUCAUACAGCAGUUACCACAAAUGCCUGUACUAUAUCUCCUAUUAGUACAAAUGAAGCUCAAAAGCCUGAAGAACGUCCUCCACCUGUCAAUGGAGCAAGAGUGACGGAAGAACCUUCUACGCCGGCUGCGAUUAGUAGUGGAGUUGCAGCCAUCUCCCUACAAACUGCAGUCUCUGCGACAACGAAUGGCAGUGCUACUCUGGUGUCGCCUUCCACAAUCCAAUCAAACGACCUACUCAGUACUGCUCCACCGCUAGUGUUCAGUGUUCCUCCACCUGCUAUCGCACCUCAAACCAUACAACCUCCGAUCCCAGGUCCACAUGUUUCCCCAACGAUCGUAGCACAGACCCCGCCUGUCUCUGUUCCCGUCGUUCGGCAAAAUACAACUAUCCCAGUCGUUCAGCAGGCUAGUACUAUCCCUAGUGUUGUUCAAAAACCGCCUGUGACGAUUAUUCCUCCACCACCCUUCCAAAUUCACACUCCUGUUAAUCUUUCUUCGCCUGUUGCAGUACAGAUCUCGACUUACUCGCCAAGAAAUAGAUGGGACGCACCACCUCCCGCUAUGCCCAACUUCGCCGUCCCACCUCCGUCUGUGCCGCCUCCUUCACUUGUGAUGCCUAAUUUGUACGCCCCGAAUGCUGUCCAAGGUGUCAUACCAUUAAUACCGAACAUUUCGAUUCCUCCACCUGGUGUGCCGCCAACAAAUGUACCACCACCAGGUAAGAACCAGCUACCAACUUCUUGUUCAUCAGCACAAACCGAAGGGAAGAAAAAUUCUAGGACUGCUUGGGACGGUUCACCAGCUAACGGUAACAUUAAUUGCCGGAUUCAUCGAUGGAAUUGA